AUGCACGCACAGUCAUCGGAUAUCGACCAUCUCACAGACGAACAGGUCCUUGGCCUUUGUUAUGCCGUACCGUCCGAAGCAUGGGAUAAGGAAGAGUCUCCCACAGGGAUGCUUCCUCAUAUCACUUCCGGCAUUGUAGCCAAGUCUAUGCUCAUUCCUGUUGAUGGGAUGCCCUCAGAGGCUCUCAUUCUCAAUCUCGUGCAUGAGGCAACGAAUAUCCCGGUCCCUCAAGUCCGACGUGUCGUUACGUCGCAUUUCAAGGCCGUCAUCCUUAUGGACUAUAUUCCCGGGGCCAGGUUGAGCGAUGUGUGGCAUGAGCUCUCUCUCUUCCGCAAAAUACGCGUAGCCAUGACGCUUCGCAGUUAUAUUCUACAACUACGAAGUAUCAGACACCCCCGUGCUUUGAUUCCAGGACCGAUGGCUUCGGGAAAUAGGGCAAUGACGUGUUGGUCUCCUCGCAUCUUUGGGACUAUGAUUGAAAGCAGAGGUCCAUUCGCCAGUUAUGACGAUCUUUCAUCGUUUUUCAACACUCGCCAAACCAUGUCACUGGGCGCUUCGUCAGAGCUUGAGAACUUCGAUGACUCUUCGCACCUUGUCCUUGUCCACCACGAUCUAAACAUGCGAAACAUCAUUCUUGGUGAUGAUGGCCAGAUCUGGUUGAUCGACUGGGGUUGGUCUGGUUUUUACCCUCCAUGGUGGGAAUACGUUAGCAUGAAGAAGCAAGCGGAAAAAAAUUGGGCGUUUAUGGUUCUUUUCAUUCCAUUUAUAUGUGAUCCAUUUUUCCGUCAGGACAUGUGGUUGAAAAGGAUGCGGCGCUGCUAA